AUGCUCAUCAGACGACUGGCAGUGAAAUAUGGACAGCUCUUUUUGGGAAUUUUCUUUGGAAUCGCAGCCAGCAAAUUCUUCACCACUUCUUCAAAAUCGUCUUCACACAACGCCGAAGAAGCUCCCAACUACUCCAAGCUGCCAAUUUUAAUCAACGGUGAAGCUGAGAAUCAAAUAAUCGGCAUCAGAAAUGACGAAAGCGAUGAGGUCUAUUUCCCAUGGAUCUGGGUCAAGUCGUUUUUUGAUGUCUUUGGCGAUUUCGGCGGCGAGAAAGACCAGUUUGUCUUCAAAAAUAGCUACAGCGAAAUGAACUACAAAGGUGACAAAGAAUACACCCCGAACUCGUCCUUCAUGACUUUCGAAAACUACCGCGUCGAGUCCCGAGAGCGAGUGAAACUCAUUUCCGGCGUCGAAGGUGUUCCGUUUUCGACACAGUGGAGCCCGGAAGGAUACUUUUACCCGGUUCAAAUCGCGCAAUACGGACUGGCAGCGUACUCGAGGAACGUCACAACGAGUAGCUAUGAUUCGCAAUCCUACACUCCUUCUUGCGGCUCUAAAUUUGAACAGGACCUCGACCCACCCUGUUCAAUCAGCACUUUCCAGAAACAUUCCAACAGCUAUCUCACCGUCUGUUACGAACAACUGCUUCCAGGAUCGUCGAUAAUCGUCGAUCACAGUCCGCGUAUUUCCACUUCUGACUCGAAGGAGCGAACAGGAAGAGUCGAAAUUCAUUACAUCGCGAAUAAAGUGCCAGAAGAAGUUCCAAUGAUCGAAAAACACGAGAAACGGGGCUACGCGGCGCUGAUUGUGAUUGGAAUCGGGGAAAGAAAUGAACCAGGCUGUAUUUCACGAGACAUCCUCAACGACGCCCUGAAAGGUCUCGGAAAACGAAAUCAAAAAUCUGUCCGUCGAUUUCGCGGGAAAAUGGACAGAAUCAACUCGAUUCGCUUCGAAAGAGAGGGAAUUAUCAAAUCUGUUAAACUGGCGAAAACUGGAUAUUUGGAAGAAUUCAAGAACGCAGCUAUUUGGCUCAGAGAUCAUCAGACGGAAAAUGGGACCUGGCCGAUAGAUGUUGGCAAAGAAAGGGUUGAUUAUCCCGAUCUGGUUCCUGGCUGGACAUCAGCGAUGGCACAGGGGCAUGGGAUUUCGAUGAUGGUCCGCGCGGCCAACUCUCUCAACGACCCGUCUUUUUGGGUUUCCGCUGGGAAGGCUUUGGAACCCUUCAAGAAGCGGCCAAAAGACAAAGGUGUUCGAAACCUGGUCUUCGACAAACACGUCUGGUACGAGGAAUAUCCAUUUGAAGACGGCUUGUUUGUGCUCAACGGAUUUAUUUACUCGCUAAUCGGGCUGUACGACCUGGCGGAGAGUGAAAACGCACCGCCGACGUUGAAAUUUGAGGCUUCGACGCUUUUUGAGGAAGGAUUGCUCUCGCUGAAGACGCUUUUGCCGCUUUUCGACGCUGGAAAAGGAUCCUUCUACGAUCUCGGUCACGUGGUCAAGAAGACAAGCCCGAAUCUAGCUCGCUGGGAUUAUCAUACAGUUCAUGUUCAACAGUUGCGCUUGCUCAACUCUUUUCUGGACGACCCAGUUAUUGAAUCAUUCGCUCUGCGCUGGGAAGAGUACACGAAAGGAAACUACGCUUCACACAAUUAA